AUGAGCGGAAGAAAUUUCGCUGAUAAACUACUAAUUUUAAUACAUAAUUUACCCCAUUUUGAUUUUCGUUUUAAUCGACUUCGGCAUGAUACUCCUUUCGAUAUUGAUCCAAAUGGAGAAUAUAUGCAGUCCCUCGUUGUGUUCUGCGCUUUUGGACUUGCAUUAGCAUUACUCUUUCUAUUGGCAACAGUAAUUGUUUGGGUAGCUCAAUGUUGCUUUGCACAUCGUUCUAAUGGCCCACAACGAAAUUCUCGUAAACGUAUUGACAGACUUUCAUUAGCUUUGUUUAUUGUCAGCAUUCUUUGUUUUUCACUUAUGGGGGCUUGUUUGUUUGGAAAUGAAAUUUUUAAUAAAAGUGUUCAAAGUUCUCUUGACGGACUUGGACAUUUAAAUGAUGGAUUAAGAAGGGCUGCUAUUCAGACACAAAAACUUAAUCACUCUCAAUGGCAAUUAAGUGAACAUGUUGAUGAAUUAACUAUUUUAAUUGAAAGAAAAAGUAGAGAACACAAAAAUAUUAACCAAACACAAAUUCGAGAGGCCGAUGCUCUUUUAACAGAAUUAUCUGACAAAAUAGAUGAAUUAAAACAACAAUUAACUAGAACUUCGAUUAUUUUAUUCGAUACACACUUUUUAGAUAAUACUAAAAGAAAUGCUGAACGUAUUGAAUUUGAAAGAUGGCUUCUUUGUCUUAUACUUCAAUUAAUUAUGUGUGCAGUGCUUUUUGCGGGGGUUAUUGCAUUUUGUCGUCAAUCCCGAAAAGGGGCCAUAAUAUUUUCUGGCCUUGGUUUAGUUAUAUUUUUGGUUUCUUGGUUACUCUUUUCUGCUGUUUUUCCUUUAACUGUGUCUCAUGCAGAUUUUUGUUCAGAUGGCCGAACAUUUCUUCGAAGUCGUUUAAAUGAUGAACUUCUUGAUUUAACUAAUUUUUAUUCUGAAUGUGCUCCAGAUGAAGGAUUACCUCCAUCAAUACCCUUAACUCUUUUAAGUCAAUUAGCUAAAGAUCAAGCUGGGGCUGAACAACGUUUGGGGACUUUAUUGGCAAGAAUGUUUGAAAAAGAAAAAGAAAUUGAUAAAAAAGAAAAUGAUAAAGCUUUUGAUUCUAUUUUGCAAUUAACACAAUCUGAAAUAAUUUCUUCCUCAAAACACUUGGGAGCUUUACAUUUUGCUUUACAAUGUGGACAGUUACACAAAGAUGUUUUUACUUUACGUGUUGGAAUGUGCAGACAUGCUUUCCUUGGUUCUGUUCUAAUCUCAGCUGGACUUUUUCUUCUCGGUCUAACACUUUUUGUUUUGUUAUUGUUGGUUGCUAAAUCUUGGUAUAUGUUCUCUAGACUUCCAAACGAUUAUUUAGAAGUCGGCGAAGAAGAUCAAUUUUCACCAAGAAUUCACGAUACAAUGCCUGAUAAUAUUUAUGAUACUAAUUUAUUCAAUCCUCGAGCUCGUCAACAUUUAAGCGGUGGAGUGGAUGGGGGAAAUAAUUCCGACAGAAUGCCUAAUCAAAAUGGAGGUCAACAACAACCAUUAUUAUUGGGAGAAAGACAAAGUUGGCAACAACAAAUGAUGACACACAAUGCAGCUAUAGCUUCAGCACCACCGGCAACAAUUGGCACUUCUGGGGGAACACUUAGAGGGACUUUAACUAGGAAUGGAGGUUUGCGUGUUCAUUCUGCCAAUUAUCAACAAAUGAAUGGGGCAGGGGGAGGAGGCGCAGUUUAUGGACGUUUUCAAGAAUAUGGAGAUGCCUGA